AUGAUCUCUGACCAAGAUUUCCUGAGGUCAAUUCCACCUCCGAAGUUGAGGUUUCUCGUCGCAGCCAUGCUGCACAAAAGGUCUCGAAGUGCUCUAAAAUUCCCCUGCAAAGAUUCGGAACUGCUUAUUGAAAAAGUGUGGCAUCUGUGCAUCGACUGGAGAGCUCUUGCUCAUCCAGCUCGCUACAAAAUGGAUCAAGUCAUGCUCGCUCUGGCUGACUUCUUACAGAAGUAUCCAAGCUAUCGGCCAUGGGGGCAGCUGUCCAUAAGUCCUGAAUCCUCUCUCUCCUCACUGGCCACCACCCCGCCACAAUCUGAGCAAGAACUAUCUCAGCCCUUAAACCCCUCCCCAACCUCGCAACCUGUUCUCACACCCCCACAACCCGUGAUCAUCACUCCUCCUAAAAAGUUGUUUGCUAUAAAAAAAUCGUAUGCAAUCAUCGGAUUGGUUCCGACUCCUCAGGCAAGCUCCGGCCCAAUCAGGGUAUGCUUCUACAAACCCAAAUGUUUUGGACGCCGACCUCCAAUUAGACGACCCGAUACCAUGGAUGGUGCUGGCCCAUCAGCCAGCCAACAUGACCAUAUUCCCAAGGUCCUUUCACUGCCAGACAUGGCCUGCCUCUCUAGAAGGAACUCCCUUCUGCCCAGUCUUGGUCGAUAUAAUAACUCCACCAGCAGGUGUCGAAGGCAGUCCCUUGAUGAUCUCUCUGCCAUCAAAACACCAUGCUCGCAUGAUUAUCCUGACAUACUUGAGGUCGCUGGGCCCAUCGAACCAUUGUCACCAGUUCAAGAACUAGCCUCAUUGGCGGUCGAGCCAAUUAUUCCAAUGCCUAUGUUGAUGGAGACAGACAUCCCUAUGGUAGUGACUGAGGAGCCAUUCAAUCACCCAGAUGACAUGCUUGCAACUUACCAAAUUGAUGCUCUCCCUGGAAGUUCGCCAUGUUCCCAAGGUAUUAUGCCUCCACCAAGUGAAGAAGGCCCGUUUCUGCCCCAGGACCUGCUUGCCGAACCUCACACCCAGCCAGAUUCGAUCAUGGACUUUGAUGCCAUCCUGCAAGAAUGGGAGAGCAAACCAUUUGCCCUUGACUCCCCAUUCCUGUUGCCAGACUUCAAUUUGGCAGGCGGAGACUUCAUACAUGAUGCACCUGGGCAUAGACCACCCGAAUCAGGCCAAGUUCAAAUGGUUGAGCCUUCAUCCACGUCUACAAGCUGCCAACCUUCUGCCGAUGUCGAGGCUCACACAGCACAGAGCAAACCUGCCGCAAUCACCCAUGAUAAAACUUCUCCGGACACAGCACCGCCACUGUUCAUUGACCUGCACCAAUAUCUGUACAAAUUGCAUCGCCAACUGGUCAGCACCUCUUCCAAAGCCAGAGAACCCAUCCAAAAGCCCAUGGUGCCUACCCCUUCCAUCCAAUCAGUCACCACCAUGCCUUUAGACUUCACUCCUCCUGUUCUGACUCCAACCACACCUCUCAUAGACGAAAUCCCAUUGGAAGAUCCAGAUGGUGGCAGUGAUGAGACAUCAGCCACCCAGACCAGUGGCUUGGAAGAGGGGUUCAGCGAUGAUCAAAUGUCAGAAAGCAGCGAGGAGGACUCCAGUUGUACGGAGACUUCAUUGAGUGACCAACAGGAAGAAACGGACUCUGACGAAAGUGACAGUAGCGAGUCUGACGAUGAACUUCAGCGGUAUCAGUCUAAUGCCGAGCCGGCAUCAGAUUCAGUCAUUUCAGUUGUUGUGUCUCGCAGUACUCAGGAGGGUAUCCAAGCCUUGGCCAUGCCAAUAUUCCCUCGGGGCAUCAAGAUCCUCCAUGGGCAAACUUAUAUCAGACUCCAGCAAGUGUUGGAUUUCGUGGCAUUGGCCAAGUGGUCAAUUCCGGCACCCCUCUCUGAUGAAGAAUUCGUCGCCAUCCAUCUGACCACAGCAUCGCUUUCCCACCCUCACAAUCGAUUGAUUGCCUGGGGUUGGGCCAACCUGGAUGAUGCAACCUUCAACCUAGAAGCAUGCAGUCACCCAGAUGGCUCACUGCCUGUGUGGGUGCCUGUUCAAAGGAUCUACGAAACUGCAGGCUAUCAGCUAAGCCUUUGCUUCAAAAUCUUCAGUCGAAGAUGGCUUGAAAAACAGCGGGUCAGACGUGACCAUGCCAAGAUCGCAUUCAUCGGGCCAGAGAUGUAUGAUAGCGGAUGGUUCAUCCUUCCAUUGCAACAGACUGAUGCAGAGCUGCGAGUAGUUCCUCCCCACAGCAUAACAAAAAGCAAAUUUCAUGAUAUCCAAUCUGACGAGAUAACCCACCACAAGCUCAACCUUUCCCCAGACUGGUGCAUAGAGAAUGGCAUAUGUUAUCUCUCGGGACUUUGGGUCUUAAGAGGAUUGAGCAGUGUUGUUCCCCCUUCAGAUGAUACUCACCAACUUGGUGUCUUCCUGCCUGGGGUGAACGGCCGAAAACUCUAUCUGGGUUGCAUUGACAGCAAGGGGUGUCGGCUGCCCCAGUAUGCUUGGAAGAAUGUUGAUGUGCCAGUCAAUGAGACUGAUGAAGGUCCCUGUGUUGCUUGCUUCAUUGUAAAGGGGAGACCCACAGCUUUGCUCAAGUAUGACAUCGGGCUGACCCAGACCAUCUCAUCGCAUUUUCAAAAGAUAACUGAAGACCUGCCAGCAUGGGUAAUCUCUCCUCAUCUGGUCGCCUCCCUCAACAGUCAGCCCCUCCGUACAAGUUGCAUUCACCUCUGCCAGCUCUUGGACCAGGUUUAUAACAAGAACCACAUCUUUGAAGCUUGGCUUUGUUGGAUACAGGACAACAAAAUCGUUUCAUAUUGCAUACCGGUGCUACCAAGUCAUUGGACUUUCCUUGGCGGGCAUUUCUAUGUCUCGAUGCACCACAUCAUAAGUUGGACUUCCCAUUCCUCAGCUCUUAAGUUACCCACACCCUUGACUGACCAUCCGGUCAUGAUGACUGCCUUGAAGGUUGAUAAGAACCGGCAAGAGUUCGUGUUCAUAGGAAUGGGCACGUUCGAUGAUGACCAAAUUCUCCGAUUUGAGCCUCCGCCAAGGUUUCGGAAGAACUCCACUGUAUGGCUUCCUCUUGAUGAUGAUGAACAACAUUCGCUGCUGUACAUGCAAUUUCAAUGCAAACCCUUGUCGGAAUUUGAGAACCUGAGGCCAAGGGAGUACUUUCCGUGGGAUGCCAUAUCUCAAUCUGAAACGACGCAAUAUUAUAUGUCACCUGCAGUGAGGAAUCCACAGAUCAACUGGGAGAAUGACAAUCCCAUGCGAGCUCAUAUUAGCAUCACUAUCCAUGUCCAAAAGCAAUCACAAACUGCUGUCUUUCGAGCAUGGACCGCCCACGCUGGACUGGUCUAUAUCAGCACCGUCACGGUCUUAAGACGAUUGCUGGAAAUGCUGGCUGUAGCUAGGCUGGGGUCUGCCGUUCGAGUUGACCUGCAGACGCCAGAUUUGCAACUGUACAUUGGGCACCUUUAUCCAGAACAGAACGAACUGGUCACCCCGAAGGGAGUUCACAAAAUCCCAUCUGAUCAAAAGCCCUUUGCCAGUGUUCCAAUCACUAUGACCGAGGUGGGUAUAGGCAACUUACGCUGUGAAGUUGUUUGCUGCUGUGACAAAGAAAUCAAAGGCAAAGAGUUAAUAGGUGUAGAUCAGUCACAUUUCAAACUGAUGCAUGCCGAGGAGAGCUCGAUUUGGUAUAUCCCCAAGUCAUGCUUAUCAUCAGUUCCACUGACUCGGGGACAGAAGAGGGUGAAUGGUGCAGCACCUUUGCCAGAUACCCAAGUGCAACCCAACUCAGCAUUGGAGCAGGGCAAUGACAGGCGCCCAGGCAAGGUGGGAGAACGACCGCAACCCAGCAGUGUCGAUCAAAAUUCCCACAUGAACUCUUUGGAGAAAAAGAAGGGUGUCGCACCUGCCAAAAAACUGCCCAAACUAUCCAAGGAUGCUAUGUGUGCUGUGGAACCAUCCAUCGCAUGCUCUUCAGCAGACAGGUCAGGUGGGAAGCCUGUGACUAAUCCAUCAAAGGGACAGAAGCGAUGCCAACAUUUGACGGCUGAUGGGGACCGGCCCAGGAAGAAGGUCAAACCGGAGGAUUCAGUGCGGGCAGCAAAAGUCGCAGAGGCUCUACACGAUUCCUGUUACAAGGAGCGGCAUGAGCUGCAGGCAAUAUGGGACCGCCCAGAUAAACAGGCAUUACCUCUGCAGGACACACUGAUGCUGGGAAAGGAUAUGUGGGACCUUUUAAAGCAUACCUACGUCGGGCAGGUGUCUGGAGCAGACCUCAUGCCAAAGGAGGACCACGACAUCCAAAUCAUAGUCGACGAUUGGAUGAGCUUCUUUAAUGCCGGCCGGAGCUGGUUGACAGCAAUGAAGUACAUCGGGCAGCACAUGCACGGGCGCAGUGUCGACAAUGUGCUAGUGCGUCUAAAGGUCGAGUGUAGCUUUCCUAAGAGGACGAAGCCAGGAAAACGCGGCAAGAAGCCCAAGGCGCAUAGCACCAAUGAGGUCAAGAGGCAAUUGGAUCGUCUCUUUGGAGAGCUGACGGUCCGACACGGGCUGAAGCUUGGCGACACCGACUUUCCACUGUGCUAUAGCAAGCAGCCAGAAGGUCUAGAAUAA